UAAAUAUCUCGUCACCAACUAAGCAUGUAUUCGAACGGAAAAUUUGAUUAACUACUAACUAAUAUCAUAGACUAAAUGUUUUAUAUGUUUGUUUCUUUUAAUCAGGCCAAAGUAAAGCGGGAUUGUCGAAAAUUCUGAAAAUGGCAGCAAAAUUAUCUCAAAGUCUGGAAGAUCAGGUCACGUGCUCCAUCUGUCUAGAGCAGUACCAGGACCCUCGCAUCCUUCCCUGUCUGCACACCUACUGUAGAAAGUGCCUGGAAAGGUUACUGGACAAAGGCAACAGAAAGUUUUCUAUUCAAUGUCCUGAAUGUCGAAAAAUAGCACAUGUUAAAGACGUUUCUUCGUUGCAAGUCAACAUAUGGGUUAACAAAAAUCUAUCACUAAUUGAGCUGGUCAAGGCUGAGAAUCACAAAGCAGGGUUWAAUGGCGAGUUACAAUGCGGUAAUUGCAAUCUGAGCGAACGAGCCGCAGCAAGAUGUUUUGAUUGUGAAACAUUUAUGUGCGUUAACUGCAUCAAAGCACAUAAACGCAUGGCAUGUCUAAAGAAUCAUAACCUAUUGACGCUGGAAGAAAUCAAGAACAGCGGCUUUCCAUACAUUGAGAAACCCACAUUGUGCCACAUACACAACGGKAAAAAGCAGGAGCUUUUCUGUAAAGAAUGCGAGGAACUAAUUUGCAAAUAUUGCACCCUGACCAAUCACAAAGAUCAUGAGUUUGCAUUCAUGGCAGGAGUUGUUGAGGAAUACAAAGCAAAACUCCAAAAGAAAAUACAAUAUGUAUGUGGAACAAAYAAGAAGAUUGAAUCAGCUUUACAAGAUAUCAAGGAGACGCAAGAAAGCAUGAGAAGAAAUGAGGAAAGUAUCAAGAAAGAGAUAGAUGAGAAAAUCGACACGCUAAUUGCAGUUUUGGAAGAAAAGCGAAGAAGUCUUAAACAAGAGUCAAUAGCUUUGAUGACGAUGGAAAUGAUGAAGCUCCCUUCACAGCAGAAUGAACUUGAGAUGCAUUUGGCAGCCCUCACGAGUGCAGUUGAGUUCACGGAGAAUAUUCUUGCCAAGGGCAGCAGUAGCGAUGUCUUAUCGAUGGCCAAACAAAUUGGAUCGCUUUUAUCAGAAGUUUCCGAAAAAGAAAUCGAUGGCGAGGUAGAUAGUAGGUACGAGCAAAUCUUACAAUUUAAUCAAAUACCUUACGAAGACAUAGAAAACUCCAUUGUAAUCAAAMUCAGAGACAGAUUUGCCCAUGAUCCUAAAAACUGUACACUGGACUGGAUUCCAGACACCGACCGUAUUGGUUUACACGUCAGGAAUUACUUGAAUGAACCGGUCGACAUAGAAAUAGAUAGAAUUCAGAUAAAUUGUACUUUGUAUUGUUACUGUCACAAAACUGGAAAAGGUGAAUUCAUAAUAGAAGGCUUGAUCAGAAACCCAAACAGAGAGCUUCCCAUGGACAUUUAUAGUUAUACAGACUGUCUUGAGGUGAAGAUCGACGGACUUUCCUUCGAUGUGUCCCUCGACGUUGUAUCACAAUUAGAUUGUUUUCCAGAAGAUGUUUUCGCAUAACUUACAGGUUUUGCAUGCAUAUUUUGUAAUCCUAAUUACUUUGUUUUCUGCAAUCAAUACAAAAAUAAGUAAGAAAAUGCUGUAAAGUGUGUUUCAAUAAUAUAUUCACAAUAAAGUAUAAAUUAA